AUGAGGGAGGCAUCUACCGCAACCUGCUGGGUGUUGACUGCGCGCGUCGAGACAUACCGUCGGGAUUCUUCCUCGCCUACAGCCAGUCUGGGGAGCCCUUUAUCUUUGAAGGAGAGUAUUAUGAAGCGCAGCCCGAGCAUUUCGUGUCUGCGUCCAGCUUCGGCCCCGUUGCUGAGAGACUGUGGCAGGAAGGCAAGUGGAGGCCACACCCGCAUCGCCUCGAGCGUGGUGGUCUCUCGAGCGUGGCUGACGGGCUGCUGCAGAUGGAGGAGGGAAAGAUCGGUGGUGAAAAGCUGA